GCCUAAAGUACCAUCUAAUGACAAUUCUCUACUGUCUCGCAAUUGAAGUUUUUACCUGUUGUUUGUUGUUCUUUCAACACAUCAAAAAAUUGCGAACCGAAUUGUAGAGACGGUUUAGUUUUUUUUUUUUUUUUUUUUUUUGCUGUUUUACUGAAAAUGAAUAAAUAAAUCAAACACAAAUGAACUCGAAUAGACGGCAAUGGCAACGUACCAACCAACCAACUAACUAACCAACAAAUUGUACGUAAAAUGAAAAGCAAAAAAAAAAAAAAAAAAAAACAAAAAACAAAAAAAGUGCAAAGAAUCUCAAUGUAAAUCUUUCAUUCAAAUCCGCUUAACUGCAUUGACCUCUACGCCGUGGAUGGCAUACUAUGUCUUCUAUGGCGGUCUAUACAUAUGAGGCUUCUUCUGCAACAUAGUUGAAUGCAUUCUUUCCUUUCCCCCAUCUCUCUCUUUCGCUCUUCAUAUUUCUCUCGUCGACAUACGAUGGCUGACAUGUAGUGUAGCGAAUGAAAAUAAAAGCAAUUUUCCAACUUAUCUGACGUUGUUCGACUUCCUUUUAUUCGACGCUAUAUUGCUGGGGAGACGUGCGUUACUAUUUCAUAAUCGAUUUAUUUCUUCUUAAAAUACGAUACGUCACAUCAAAGACAUGUCCCGCGAUUCUUCUUCUAAUGCAUUACGUAUCAAUCGGUCUACUUUCAAGUCUCUUCUAUACGCUAUCUAAGCUGCCGUUAACGUCAAGAAAUAGACAACAUUAUGAAUCGUUUACGUUCGCAAAAAUUCAAAUUGAGCAGCAGUUUCAGCACAGACUGCAAUAUCGGAAACAAUAACAAUAAUAAUAAUAAUAAUAAUAAUAAUCCAACUAAUGGUAACAACAGUCUUUUAAAUAAGCUGAGUAAACGUUAUUCGACACUUAGCAAUAAAAUACGCAGACGUUCACCGAAAGGACGCACCUCGAAAUCGCCGCCAAGACCUUUAUCGGGCAGUUACGAUAUGAACGGCGCUAAUUCCGAAGAUCACCGCUUGGAAAUCGGUGCACCAAUUCUAAUAUCUUCGACUACUUUAGAUACGGAUCGUUUUGACGUUAGCGAGGAACGUCUAAAAAUGAUUGGUGGUGGCGUAGCCGAUACCAGUACAUUGAUGAAAUUGAAACCGUUGAUUGAUUCUGAAAAAUUGCCCUCAUCAUCGGGUAGCGAAAAUGAGGUGUAUGUUGACGCUCUUAGCAGCACUCCCUUAACUGAAGAAUUAGAAAAUGGGACCGAUCAAACAGAAAAUGAAAACAGCGAACAAACCUACGUAACACCGAAAAAAAUCGAGAGCAAUUACGAAGGGCAAUCGCCUGAAUCGCAUUGUUCUCAAAAUAGCCUUCUACCGCAGGAAAACAGUAGCGUCCUGAUGCUUGGCAAUCGCAAUCAUUCUCUGCCUGAAUUGAAGCAAGAAAAUGUCUUAGGAUCAGUGCAGAACAUACAUCGUUCAGAACUUAAAGUUUUUCUCAAGAAAGCCAACUCAAUGAAUCUGAAGGAAGUUAAAGAAAUCAGCGACGAAGCAUUUAAUGAUUUUGAUGAGAAUUUGCCCAAACUUCCUGAGUUGUAUGGUAUUGGUAAUAUGAUCACCGAUAACGAUGAUCACGAUGCGGAUAAAGAAAAUUCUUCGCCUUCAAUGGUUGCGUCCGCAAAAAGUAAAAGUGAACCUAAUACGCCAAUGUAUCCCCAACAGAAAAGGAGCGGUUUUUUAAAUCAACAAACAAAAUAUCAAAGCGCCGAUAAUUUAAAUCAGCGCAGAAAUAAACGGCGCAGUGUUAUGUUCAGUAGCAGUACAUCGGUUAAUCAGUCCCGCAACAUUAUGAAUGGCUCUAAAAAUAGUGUAUUGUCACAAAUUAGUAAUUUUGACGACUACGACUUGAAAUCGGUUAGUUGUCACAGUCUUAACGCCCAGUCUCUGUUUGUGUCUAUAGAUGAGCUCAAUGAGAUAACGCGACAAAUCAAUGAAACUGAGGACUUUAAUCAGGCCAUUGACUUGGAAUACUGCCUACAUCGCGAUCAACUAAAGCCGAACGAAAGACGUAUAACGUUAUUGAAGAACAAGAACUCGACGCUAGUUACUUUGAACCAUAAUAAAGAAAAAUUAAAAAAGAGUUGGUCCGAUGUCAAGCAUUGGAUUGGCGAAGAAGGUGCUAGACUACGUGACGCAGUUCAAAGGCAACCCUUAGUGCAAAGAGUAGGAUCCUCAAAAUUAAAUCUAACUCAUCUGGAGACACGGAAUUCACCUUCUUUUAAUGGUAGCACGAUUUUACGACUCCGUAAUGCUUCUCAAGAAAGAGUAUUAGAAAGCAGCGAACAACAAGCAAUAGCGCAAACAAGUUUAAAAUUAAGUAGCGGGGAAGUGAAGAGUAACAAUCACAGUUGUGAUAAUAUUGCCGAUGAAAAUAAUGAAUUGAACAAUUCGCCGACAGGUGAUCCAAUAUCACCCAAUUUAAAAAAAUUUAGACACGAGGGGCAAAACGGCUUUGAAGAACUGCGCCGUUACAUUAAACAAGGUGGAGAUUUUGGUAAAGAGCUUGUCCUUAUUCUGCAAGAAAGAAUCGAUUCGGAGCUUUUGUAUUCGAAAUCACUUUCAAAAAUGGCUAACAAAUUGAAUAAAGCCUGCCGUGAGCUGCCGGGCAGUGUCGCUGAAGCUUGGCGAGGUGUGGCUACCGAAAUGGAAAGUCGCAGCGACAUUCACCGUCAAUUGUCGGUUUCUUUAAAUGACGAAAUAGUUAAGCCUUUAAAAGCUAUUGUUGAAAGUCAUCACAAGUCACGCAAAUCGGUCGAAAGUACUGUAGACAAAGCUGCUCGCGUUUUAGCAGAAUGGCGUGUUAGUGAAGCUAAAGCUAAAAAGGCAUCCCAUGCCGCGGCACGUGAAAAUGAAAAACUCCAAGAUGCCAUGUUGGAUGUACGAAUACAAAAGUCGCCAUCGAUAGCUCUAUUGCAUCAGGGUGCGAAUAAAGCUGCUGCUGAGAAAGAAAUUAAAUCGGCUGAAAAGGAUUGCGCCAAAUUGGAUCAGAAGCGGAAAAAAGCCGAAGAAGCCGUCAAGCGUGCCGAUGUUGAAUAUUAUACGAUGUGCGUUAGAGCGGAACGUGCACGAGUCGAUUGGGAAAUGGCUGUAUUGCGUGGCUCUACUCUUUUGCAGACUAUCGAAAAUCAGCGGCUUAUAAAUAUGAAAAAUUUUAUAUCGAAUUAUACACGCCUUACUGCCAAUAUGAAUCCAGUUCUCGACGGUCUACUGCAGAGACUUGAACCGCAGACGGAGUCAUGCAAUGUUAUGAAAGAUAUGCAAAUAAUUAAGAAUAUACGACGCAAUGCUGAGGGUCCCAGCGAACAACUGCUGCCAGAUUUCUAUUGCGAACAUACUACCUUGGCCAUGAAUCGAGAGAGACGUAAACAUGCUUUAGUUAAACUUUUGCAAUUGGUUAAGACCGACUUGGAAAGAGAACGUCGCUCUCGUAACGGCCUUAAAAAUUUAUCACAGUCCCUGACCAAUCAAGAGAAUCAAAAUAUCACAGACAAAUUAUAUCACAUACGUUCAAUGCUUACAUAUUUGGAAGGGGCACGUUUCAAGUUGCAUUCGGCAUUAUUGGAAUUAGAUCAUAAACCCAGAUCUUCUCAUCCAUUAGCACAACAUAUACAGAUAACACGCGAUCGUACCGGCCUACAACAAAGUGUUCUCAAGGUACCGCUAUGGUUAAAAAAUAAUGAUAGAAUCAACACAUCAGCUGGCAGCACUACGGGCGAUGACAGUGGAGAUUAUGACUGUGUAUCACAGGCCAAUACUACAAUAUCUAGUUCGAAUAUUAGUUGCAUGGAUAAUUCCAGUAAUUCAGUUCACUCGGAUAACAAUGCUCUUAAAUCGUACAAUCGUAGUAAAAGUAAUAUUGAAACUUUUAGUACACAAACUCAAAUUUGCAUGAACGGUUUGCCAGAAAAAAUUAAAACUUUGGAAUCAACAAACGAUUACACCGACGCUUGUAGUGAUCGAGGCCAAGCGGAUGGUGGCUCGAAUCAACAGGAUUCUGAUUUUGAUGAAUUCAGUUCACAAGAGGACGAUGAUGAGCAAACGACAACUAAUUGCUCGGGCGGUGGUCGCCGCGACCAUAAAACGAUUAUCACAAAGAGUACAACGUUAUCGAAUCUCCAAAGUUCGGAGGCAAAUAAUCAUUAUCAGAAUACGGUCGACACACAGGAGAAACAAAACAUUCAGAUACCGAUAGUCUUAGGUAGAUGUAAGGCUCUGUAUAGUUACAGUCCUAAGUUAUAUGAUGAACUGGAGUUGAAUCCUGGCGACAUUAUUGAAAUUCACGCUAAACAAGAAGAUGGCUGGUGGUUGGGAGCGUUACGCAAUCAAAUUGGCAUUUUCCCGGCAACCUAUGUCGAGGAAAUUGUUUGAAAUUUAAAUAUUUUACCACAAAUUUUUCUUUGCGGCAGCUCACAUGAUGACUAUCGUAUGCUUACUGGAUGUAUAUUGAAAAAUUGUAAAAAUCCAAUAAUCGAGAAUAAUAUGAAAAUUAUGUUAAGUGGAACACUCGAAAAGUUAAUCAGUAGAAAUUUCACUGGGAAGAUAUAUUAUCUUUAACGAAUAAUGUUUUUAGUUUCAUUCUCACCAAUCUUACUUAAAAGCUUUACUUUUUCUUUAUCUCUAUUUUCGCAAAUCUUAAUAUCUCCUUUAAAUAUUUGUUGUUGUUAUUACUUAGAAUUAUAAUUAGGUUUUCGUAAGUAUUUAAUUUAAUCGAGAAAUUUAACGUUAAAAGAGAUUUUUUCUUUUUCCGAUCUACACGAAGCAUGAAAAGUCGUAAAAGACAAAAGUAUAGUUUAAAAUCAAAAAAAAAAACAAAAAUGUCAAUCAA